CGACGUUCUCGCGUUCGGUUGUAUAGCGUUGCGGUGUGCACGCAGCUGUCAAACGUUCCGAUUUCGUCCCGAAAGCGUUUCGUUCUCAUAAAGUGUGAAAUGUUGGGCUAAGCGGAGACCCCUCAGACAUAACGAUGGCGCGCGCUGUGCUGGUGAGCGGAGCGCUGCUGUGCGCCCUGGGCUUGGCGCUGCAGACGCGCGCGCUUACGCUGCUGCCCCACGACGUGCGCCCGGGCCACGCCGUGCAACACUUCGUAGGCAACCACUCGCGUUACACGCUCCUCGACCCCGAGUACUCCCCUUACUUCACUCUCCUAGACGACGGGCUACUCAUGACGACAGCGGACCUCGCACCAUUAAGAGACCAUCCUGUGAACCUAGCUAUCCUCGAGCAGACCCCCUACAGCAGUUCGGCGCAUUCAGUCCGUCUUCUAAUCGUAGAUCGAAGACGAAUGCUUCACUUCCCAGUAAAUGGGGAAGUACAAGGAGAAAUCCCCGAAAACGCUGUUGCGGGAACCGUCAUCGAUCUUCCUUCGAUAAAAGCGACAGCUGUACUGGAUGUCGGCCCUAUUGCCUAUAAGAUCAUACACGGAAAUGACGAUAAAAUAUUUGCUCUACGUGAAAAAGAUAAAACUAAAAGUUUACCCGAGGUUAGAUCGGUGAUUACAGAAGGUGAAGUGGAAAUAAUAGCAAUGAAACCGCUGGACACCGAAGUAAAGAGCUCCUAUGAUAUAGUUCUCCAGGCUACCGAUUUACAUGGGGCCAAUAAAGCCAGUCUACCAAUUCGGAUAGAGGUAACAAACGAAAAUGAUCAUGCACCCCUUUUUGAACAAGAAGUUUACUAUUUUGCUGUAAAUGGUACUCCUAACGAAAACGGCCCGAAUGGUACAGGACACUGGCAAAGAUUUUCGAACAUAGGCAAAGUUAAUGCAUACGACGCUGAUGGCGAUAGAAUAUAUUAUUCGUUAAUGACACCUAGUAAUUUGGCUGUCAUAGUACCGCAGACUGGAGAGAUGAUCCUAGCUGGAGAGCCAGAUAGUCACGAAGUUGAGUUACGCGUAUUAGCACACGAUACAGGAUCUCCUCCGCGUAAGAGCAAGCCGGCUCGUGUUUUUAUCGAUUUCGUGAUUCGAAACCAAAAGCAACUUCCAGCGCUUCACCGCGAGAAGCGUCGCGUUACGCGUGCAGUCCGUCCUACAAAACGUAUUGAGUUUACUGAAGCCGACGGAGAGACCGAAGGACGCGCAGUAUUUACACUUGAAAAGGAAACCGACCGCGAGACAUUUAAAAUACGGGACGAAAAUCCGUGGGUUGCCGUAGAGCCUAGUGGUAUAGUGAAAGUUAAAAAGAAGUGGGACUAUGAGGAACUUGGACCAGAGAAGACCAUCGACUUCUGGGUUACCAUUACCAACGCUGGAAAUGGAGACACGGACAACCAGCGUGUGAUAAUCCACGUGAAAGACGUCAAUGACGAGCCCCCAUACUUCAUCAACAGACCUCUGCCGAUGCAAACAGUGGUCCAACUCAACGCUGCUCCUAACACUCCAGUGUUCACCCUUCAAGCCAGAGACCCUGAUACAGACCACAAUAUACACUACUUCAUCGUACGAGAUCGUACCGGAGGAAGGUUCGAAGUCGACGAGCGAUCAGGCGUUGUUCGCACCCGCGGCACCGACCCCUUUCAACUGGACAUGGAAUACGUUCUGUAUGUCAAAGCUGAGGAUCAGAGCGGUCGCUUAGAUGAGAAACGGUUCCAAUCUACCCCUGAGGAGCGGCUGAGCAUCGUCGGUGGAAAGCGAGCUCCUCAGUUCUACUUGCCGAGCUAUGAAGCCGAGAUUGCAGAAAACCAGAAGAAGGAUUCAGACAUAAUCUCAGUGAAAGCGAAGUCUUUCGCUGACCGUGAGAUCCGGUACACUUUGAAGGCUCAGGGCCAGGGCGCGGGCACCUUCAACAUCGGACCCACGUCUGGUAUCGUCAAGCUAGCGAAGGAGUUGGACUUCGAAGACCUAAGGCAGCCCCACGUCUACUCCCUCGUUGUGACAGCUACUGAGGAUUCCGGAGGAUUCUCCACUUCUGUUGAGCUAACCAUCCGAGUGACGGACGUGAACGACAACGCGCCGAAGUUCGAGCUGCCGGACUACCAGGCACACAACGUGGAUGAAGACAUUCCCCUCGGCACCAGCAUACUCAAGGUCAAAGCCAUGGACGCAGACUCCGGAAAGAACGCUGAGAUCGAAUACCUGGUUUCAGAUGACCACUUUAGCGUCGAUUCCAACGGCAUCAUUACAAACAACAAACAACUUGACGCCGAUAAUAACAAUGCAUAUUAUGAAUUUUCCGUCACUGCUAAGGACAAAGGAGAACCGGCGAAGACCGGCACAGCUACAGUCAGAGUUUACACAAAGAAUAAGAACGAUGAAGAGCCUAAAUUCUCUCAACAAGUAUACACGCCUAAUGUAGAUGAGAACGCUGGACCUAAUACUUUAGUUACUACUGUCGUAGCAUCAGAUAAGGAUGGUGACAAUGUACGAUUUGGCUUCGUGGGUGGCGGCACUAGUUCCGGCCAAUUCGUUAUUGAAGAAAUUACUGGUGUAAUCCGACUUCACAAUAAGGCAAUAUCACUAGAUAGGGACAAAUACGAACUAAAUGUCACGGCUAUGGAUGACGGCGCAUGCUGUGUUAACGGAGACGCCACGAUACACACAUCUACGGCUGUAGUUGUAGUCUUCAUUACUGAUGUAAACGAUAACAAGCCCAUUUUCAAAGACUGUCCGACAUAUUUUCCGAAAGUGGAAGAAGGCGCUCCAAACGGUAGCCCUGUUAUAAAGGUUCACGCAACAGAUGAAGAUAAAGGAGUAAACGGUCAAGUGAAAUAUUCUAUAGUGCAGCAACCGAAUCAAAAAGGAACGAAAUUUACUGUGGAUGAAGAAACUGGCGAGGUAUCCACUAAUAAAGUGUUUGAUCGAGAAGGAGACGAUGGAAAAUUUGUAUCAGUUACUGUAAAAGCUACUGAUCAAGGAGAGCCAUCAUUGGAAGGCGUUUGUUCCUUCACUGUAGAAAUUACAGACGUAAACGACAACCCGCCGCUAUUUGACAGACAAAAAUACGUGGAAAACGUAAAACAAGACGCCAGUAUAGGCACGAACAUUCUAAGAGUGUCCGCAUCCGAUGAGGAUGCCGAUAAUAAUGGAGCCAUUGUUUAUACUUUGAGCGCUCCAUACAAUCCACAAGAUAUCGAAUAUUUUGAGAUUCAGCCUGAAUCAGGCUGGAUCGUACUUAAAAAGCCUCUCGACCGGGACAGGUACCGUCUGCGCGUGCGCGCCUCCGACAGGGGCGCCCCGCCCUCCUCCGCAGACGUGGACGUUGAAUUAGACGUGGUAGACAGGAACAAUAAGCCCCCCAUCUGGGACAUGUCCACGUAUGGCCCCGUUCACAUCAAAGAGAAUGUCACAGUGGGUACCGUAGUGACCAGUGUGAAAGCAAGGUUGCGAGAAACUUACAAGUUGGAGGCUAUGGCUCAAGACAAGGGUUUCCCGCCCUUGUCCAGAACCGUGGAGGUCCAGAUAGACGUAGUGGAUCGCGCGAACAAUCCCCCCGUGUGGGACCACACGGUGUACGGCCCAAUCUACAUUCGAGAGAAUUUGCCCGUGGGUGCCAAAGUGGUGUCCGUGAAAGCAAGUUCGGGCAUUGAGAACAAUCCAACCGUGUUUUAUCGUUUGAUGCCGGGAUCGACCGCUCAGACGAACAAAUUCCAUACAUUCUAUUUACAACAAAGGGCCGAUAAUGGCUUCACUUGGGCGGACAUAAAAGUUAAUCACCCAUUGGAUUAUGAAAGCAUCAAGGAGUAUAACCUCACGAUCCGAGUCGAGAACAACGGAGCACAACAACUGGCAUCAGAAGCGACAGUCUACAUCAUGUUAGAGGACGUCAAUGAUGAGAUACCUCUGUUCACGGAGCGAGAGCAGGAGACGGUGCUGGAAGGAGAACCCAUUGGCACGAAGGUCACACAGGUCAAUGCGAUAGACAAGGAUGGAACAUUCCCUAACAACCAGGUGUACUAUUACAUCGUGGACUCUCCGCGGAACGAGGGCAAGGACUUCUUCGAGAUCAGCAUGCAGACGGGAGAGAUCUUCACGAAGGUGGUGUUCGACAGAGAGAAGCAGGGAGCCUACGCCCUCGAAGUGGAGGCGCGCGACGGAGCACCCUCGGCGCGCCCCAACUCUGACAACCAGCCUAACUCAGUGACCAAGUUCAUCCGAAUUGGCAUAGCUGACAAGAAUGACAACCCGCCGUACUUCGACAAGGAGCUAUAUGAGGCGGAAGUGGACGAGAAUGAAGACAUCCAGCACACCGUGCUUACUGUCACCGCCAAAGAUCACGAUGAAUCGUCGCGUAUUCGAUACGAGAUCACGAGCGGGAACAUAGGCGGCGCCUUCGCCGUCAAGAAUAUGACCGGCGCGAUAUAUGUGGCGGGCGCUCUCGACUACGAAACCAGAAAACGGUACGAGCUGAAGCUGGCCGCGUCGGACAACUUGAAGGAGAACUACACGACGGUGGUGAUCCACGUGAAGGACGUGAACGACAACCCACCCGUGUUCGAGCGGCCCACCUACCGUACGCAGAUCACUGAGGAGGACGACCGCAACCUACCAAAACGUGUCCUACAGGUGACUGCGACAGAUGGUGACAAGGACAGGCAGCAGAACAUCGUGUACUUCCUCACUGGUCAGGGCAUUGACCCGGACAAUCCAGCAAAUAGCAAGUUCGAUAUCAACCGCACCACUGGAGAGAUAUUCGUCCUUAAACCUCUAGACCGCGAUCAACCUAAUGGGAGGCCGCAAUGGAGAUUCACAGUAUUCGCUCAAGAUGAAGGGGGCGAAGGUCUCGUAGGAUAUGCUGAUGUUCAAGUUAACCUUAAAGACAUCAACGAUAACGCGCCCAUUUUCCCUCAAGGGGUCUACUUUGGCAAUGUGACCGAAAAUGGCACAGCUGGAAUGGUUGUUAUGACUAUGACCGCAAUCGAUUACGAUGACCCGGCUGAAAGUAAUAACGCCAAGCUGUGGUAUUCCAUAGAGAAAAAUGUAAUCGAAGAAGAAACGGGCUCCCCUAUUUUUGAAAUAGAACCUGAAACUGGAGUUAUAAAAACUGCGGUUUGUUGUUUAGAUCGCGAGAGAACUCCUGACUAUUCUAUACAAAUUGUAGCUUCGGAUGGAGGGGGGUUAAAGGGUACAGGUACUGCCUCUAUAAGAGUCAAAGAUAUAAACGAUAUGCCACCCCAAUUUACAAAAGACGAAUGGUUUACGGAAGUUGAUGAAACUGAUGGCACUAAUUUACCUGAAAUGCCUAUUCUUACUGUCACUGUUCAUGAUGAAGACGAAACAAAUAAAUUCCAAUAUAAAGUAAUCGAGAACAGUGGAUAUGGUGCUGAUAAGUUUACGAUGGUUAGGAAUAAUGAUGGCACAGGCUCAUUAAAAAUUGUACAGCCUUUAGACUACGAAGAUCAGUUACAAAGUAACGGGUUCAGAUUUAGAAUACAAGUUAAUGAUAAAGGCGAAGAUAAUGACAACGAUAAAUAUCAUGUAGCUUAUUCGUGGGUAGUAGUUAAACUUAGAGAUAUAAAUGACAAUAAACCACAAUUUGAAAGAGCUAAUAUAGAAGUGUCUGUAUACGAAAAUGCAGAAGUUGGCAAAAGUUUGGAAACAUUUAAAGCAACCGAUCCAGAUCAAGGUGGAAAAAGUAAAGUUUCAUAUGCCAUCGACAGGUCUUCAGACAGAAAACGACAAUUCUCGAUUAAUCAAGAAGGUACUGUUAGCAUACAAAGAUCUUUGGAUCGAGAAGAUACACCCCGACAUCAAGUUAAAAUUCUGGCUAUUGAUGAUGGCGUGCCACCGCGAACAGCUACCGCAACAUUGACUGUUAUCGUUCAAGACAUAAAUGACAACGCUCCAACCUUCUUAAAAGAUUAUAGACCAGUGUUAACAGAGCAUAUUACUCCCAAGAAAGUAGCUGAAAUUUUAGCUACAGACGAUGAUGAUAGAUCCAAAAGUAAUGGUCCGCCAUUCCAAUUCAGACUGGACCCUGGUGCAGAUGAUAUUAUUAGAGCAUCAUUCAAAGUUGAACAAGAUCAAAAGGGAGCUAAUGGAGACGGGAUGGCUAUUGUGUCUUCACUGCGCUCGUUCGAUAGGGAACAGCAGAAGGAAUACCUGAUUCCCAUCAUAAUCAAGGACCAUGGAAACCCAGCUAUGACUGGAACCAGUACUCUUACUGUAGUAAUUGGUGACGUGAACGAUAAUAAAAUGCAACCGGGUUCAAAAGAAAUACUCGUUUACAACUAUCAAGGACAAGCUCCAGAUACCGAAAUAGGAAGAGUAUACGUUUAUGACCUAGAUGACUGGGACUUGCCGGAUAAAAAGUUCUUUUGGGAAAGUACAGAACAUCCAAACUUCACACUAAAUGAAGAGACUGGUAUGAUACAAAUGAAGCAUAAAACACGCGAAGGAAAAUAUCAUCUUAAGUUUAAAGUUUACGACCGCAAACAUACACAAACAGACGUGCCGGCUAACGUGACCGUGGUCGUCAAGGAAAUAUCUCACGAGGCUUUAAUCAAUUCUGGAUCAAUACGAAUAUCGGGAAUAUCUGAUGAGGAUUUCAUUAGAGUGUGGAAUUAUAAGGGUUUAAGCGUCACAAGAAGUAAAUUAGAACAAUUUAAAGAUAAAUUGGCAGACUUAUUGAACACUGAACGUGAAAAUAUUGAUGUAUUUAGCGUACAGCUUAGAAAGAAACACCCUCCAGUGACUGAUGUGAGAUUUUCUGCCCAUGGCGCCCAUUAUUAUAAACCAAUCAGGUUAAAUGGAAUCGUAUUAAUGCACAGAGAAGAAAUAGAAAGGGCUGUGGGUAUCAAUAUAACAAUGGUCGGUAUAGAUGAAUGUUUAUAUGAAAAUCAGAUGUGUGAAGGUUCUUGUACUAAUGUUCUGGACAUAAGUAACUUACCCUAUAUGGUCAAUGCAAACAAAACAGCCCUUGUUGGCGUUCGUGUCGAUGUAAUUGCGGAAUGUACCUGUGGAGCUAGAAACUUCACUCAAGCUGAAACGUGCCGUAACUCUCCUUGUUACAAUGGCGGCAGAUGUAUCGAAGGCAAAUACGGAUUGACUUGCUCUUGCCCACCUGGUUAUACUGGUCCAAGGUGCCAACAAACAUCAAGGAGCUUCAGAGGAACAGGAUGGGCGUGGUAUCCGGCCUUAGAAAUGUGUGAUAGUUCUCAUUUGAGCUUUGAAUUUAUUACCAGGAAAUCUGAAGGCGUCCUUAUAUAUAAUGGACCAAUAGUACCACCGGAGCCCGAAGAAAUAAUGGUCUCAGAUUUCAUAUCUGUAGAACUUGAAAGAGGAAACCCAAGGUUGUUAAUUGAUUUUGGCUCAGGCACAUUGGAACUAAGGGUUAAGACUAAAAAAUCUUUGGACGACGGCGAAUGGCAUAGAAUAGAUAUAUUUUGGAACACUGAGAAUGUAAGAAUGAUAGUUGAUUACUGUAAAUCCGCUGAUAUUCAGGAAAUGGAAGAUGGAACACCUCCAGAAUUUGAUGACUCGACAUGCCAAGCGACAGGAACAAUACCGCCAUUUAACGAAUAUUUGAAUGUAAACUCGCCAUUACAGGUCGGAGGCCUGUACAUUGAACACUUUGACCCUACACAUUAUCAUUGGCAAUACAUGCCAAUCGGAAAAGGAUUCGAUGGAUGUAUACGAAAUCUUAUACACAACAGUAAAUUAUACGAUUUAGCUCACCCAGGGUUGUCUAGAAACUCGGUGGCGGGAUGUCCACAAACGGAAGAAAUCUGUAAUCAAGCUGAUACCACUUCUAGAUGUUGGGAGCAUGGAACCUGUGUUGGAAGUUUUUCAGAAGCCAGAUGUCAAUGUCAACCGGGAUGGACUGGUCCUUCGUGUAAUUUACCAACAACGCCAACUAGUUUCAGACCCCAGAGCUACGUGAAGUUUGCUCUAAGUUUCGAACCUGACAGGUUUAGCACCCAGAUUCAGUUGAGAUUCAGAACACGCGAACCUCACGGAGAACUGUUUCGCGUAAGCGACCAACACAACCGCGAAUACGGCAUCCUGGAAGUAAAGGAUGCUCGAUUACAUUUCCGAUUUAACCUUAAUUCGUUGCGUACGGAAGAGCGAGAUGUGUGGCUGAAUUCGGUUGCCGUUGACGACGGCCAAUGGCACAUAGCGCGCGUGAGUAGAUACGGAAGCGCUGCUACUCUGGAAAUUGAUGGCGGAGAAGGCAGGAGAUACAACGAGACCUUCACGUUCGAGGGACAUCAGUGGCUGCUUGUGGACAAACAAGAGGGCGUAUACGCUGGUGGUAAAGCUGAAUACACCGGCGUAAGGACUUUUGAAGUGUAUGCCGAUUUCCAGAAGGGCUGCUUGGAUGACAUCAGACUGGAAGGCAAGCACCUGCCCUUACCGCCCGCAAUGAACGGCACGCAGUGGGGUCAGGCCACAAUGGCUCGCAACCUCGACCGGAACUGUCCCUCUAACAGCCCCUGCAUCAACGUCCAUUGCACCGAACCCUUCGUCUGCGUAGAUCUCUGGAACGAAUACGAAUGCACUUGCGGUGAGGGUUUGGUAUUGUCGCCGGACGGCAAGGGUUGCGUUGACAAGAACGAGUGUCUCUACUUCCCGUGCCGCAACGGCGGGUCGUGCGUGAACCGCGAGCCCGGCUACCGCUGCCACUGCCCCGAAGGGUUCUGGGGCGAAAACUGCGAGCUCGUGCAGGAGGGCCGCACGCUCAAGCUGAGCAUGGGCGCCCUCGCCGCCAUCCUCGUCUGCCUCCUCAUUAUCAUGAUCCUGGUGUUAGUAUUCGUGGUGUACAACCGACGGCGCGAGGCUCACAUCAAGUACCCUGGGCCUGAUGAUGACGUGCGUGAGAACAUCAUCAACUAUGAUGACGAGGGCGGUGGCGAAGAUGACAUGACGGCAUUUGACAUCACGCCACUGCAGAUACCUAUUGGAGGACCUCUACCUGACCAUGCACCUGGCAAGAUACCCUAUCCGCUAAUGGGCGUGGGGCUGGGCGUGGGGCCAAUGGGAGUGGGAGUGGUGGGACCCCCAGGCGUGGGCGUGCCGCUGCCGGCUGAAACAAACGUGGGCAUGUUCAUCGAAGAGCACAAGCGCCGCGCGGACAGCGACCCCAACGCGCCGCCCUUUGACGACCUGCGCAACUACGCCUACGAGGGCGGCGGCAGCACUGCUGGCUCGCUCUCCUCCCUAGCCUCCGGCACAGACGACGAGGCGCACGAGUACGACUACCUAGGCGCGUGGGGCCCGCGCUUUGACAAGUUGGCCGACCUGUACGGGCCCGACAUGGACGAGCAGCUGUAGGCGCCGCGCCGCCCGCCGCCGCCCCGCAUUUAGUCAAUUGUCUCCCACUAGCCUGCUCCUAAACCUGUGUAAGCCUGCUAUCUGGGGGCGACACUCACCUACCCGCAGAGAUUCAUUUUGUAAAUAAACAAGCGAGCGGCCGCCUCCACGCGUCGCGCGCCUCACUUGUAACUCUUAUCAAUUUUAUACAACUUUAUUUGUAGUAGACAUGUUUAGCUUAAGUAACCUACUCGUUUAAGAAACUUAUUUAAUUGCGUCAUUUUUAUAAAGUCUUAAACGUACGUACGUCUUCACCAAAUAUUUGAUAUAAGUUUUUAUUGGAGUUAUGUAUGUAGCCAUAUUAUUGAGUCAGUAUUUUAUGGGAAGUUAUUGAGAUAAGCGGAUUUCUGCUGGAGGGCCAGACGUGGAUCUGAACCGUGGGUGUGUAGAUAGUUUGCUAUAAAUGUGAAUAAUUUAUACGAGUAUUUUGUAAGUCCACAGCUUUACGUGAUAUCACUUAAUAUUGGCCCUUCCGCAAAAAAUCAUGUGUACUUUAAAAAAUAUAUGUUAUAUUUUAUAAUAAUAGUAAGUUAGUUAAAGUGGUCCGUUUGGACAUCGAGUUUAUAAUGCUCAUUUGGAAAGAUAAAAUAAAAUAUAAACUUCGGGGAAUGUACAUACUUACAUUAAAUACUUAACGAGAAAAUAUAUUAAACAUCUACCCCUGUUCUAACUGAAUAUGAGAUGAAUGUGAAAGUUGCGAGUUAUGUAAAGAACGUGUACAGUAACCGGUGUUCCUGUCUAACCCUAAAUCUCCACGUAGAGUUAGUUAAUUAGCAUCUAUAUCUGCAAACGACUACGGUUUACAAGUAACAGUAGAUAACAUAAUAAUAGACAUGGGGUGGAUUUAGUGUGUGAGCGAGUGGAGCGCGAGGGUGUGUGUGCAUGCGUCACGUGACGUAUGACGUGUGUUGUGACGAGCAGCCCGUGGCGUGCCGUAUAUGCGGCGCGACGACGCGCGGGCGUGUGGACGUGUGGAGUGUGGUGCGAGUAUGAGCGACGCGUGCGUGCGGCGCGUCCCGUCGUCUCGGCGGCGGGCGCGCGCCGAUAUGAAUGGGACUGUGCCAAUUUAUUAGCAUUAUCGAUGCAGCUAAUGAUGGUAGACUGUUAAGUGUUUGCACUUUAUUUAUUCGUAUAUUUACAUAAUAAAUUUAGUCGCACCUAGGAAAAUAUCAAUAACUUAUUAAGAGUGUUGUGCUAGAAUACUUUGAUCGAUUUUGACGUGAGAUAGUUAAUGAAACCGUUAGAAGUCACUAUUUAUAAAUUAAUUUUUAAGAAUUUAUAGUAAAAUAAUUUAAUAAAAUGAAGGUUCUAGAAACUGUCUCACAUCGACAUCGAAUUACGAUCAGUGUAAAUUUUAGAAUAUACUGAAUUGCGUUAAAAUGACUGAUUUUAUUAUGCAUUUGAAAGCCUAAGAUUUUGUAGAUUCGGUUAUUUAAUUGUAACUUUGACUACCCUAUCGUAAGUUCACCCUAUAGGUUGCACCGAACAAGAUGUUAUUCAAGUACAUACAUUGAUAUUAAAGCAAUUCUCGUUAAUUACUAAUCGUGUAAGUAGCCAUAAUAUUUAGACCGAUGUCGACUCACGGUUUUCACUGUUCUUUUGUAUAUCAUACACUGCCAGUAAUCAUAUUAUAGACGAAUUACUAUAGAUUUUUCAGUCCGAUUUUAUAUUUCAGUCUUAUACAACGUUAUAAUUGUAAGUUUUGAACUGUUUAUGACACGAGUGUUUUGUUGUGUUGCAGUUGUGCGUUGUUGCACUCAUUUCAUUUCCGAACUAAGCUCUGCGUUGUCUCCAAGCGUGUACUUUUACUGUAAACUAUUUUAAUGCCCUUGCCAUCGAGUCUUAAUAGUAGCUCACUGUUUAAGUGUAGUGUGUAAAUCUACAUGUUGUAACAUUCGAUGUAAGAAUAACUGUAAAAUAUAGAUAGAAAUUACAUAUUACCUAUAGCACUCCCAAGUUUUACGGAAUCUAAAGGAGCAGCAUUUUGCGUCUGGUAAUAAUGAGUUGCAGUCGCGUCGCAGUGUAACGGCCUGCGAGAAAUGAUAACCCCACCGUGGUUUACGCUGGAGCGAGGGCAUAAUACUUAUCAUUCACGCUGUUCCACGUUUUACUGUUUUUGACACCAACUCGCAUUUACUCGGAGCUACCGUACAUACAGCGUUUGCCUUUGAGGCUAGUCUAUAAUUCCGAGGUGAAUAGACGAUUUCAAUCUAGGUAGUGCUGCACCGAUAGUCUCGGCUGAUAGUUAACUAAGUAUUGACAGUAUCGAUAACUUAUUUGAUGCAACUCUAUUAUAUUAUGAUAAUUCUCGUACUGGUAGCGUUGCUAACUAUCGAUACUAUUGAUAUACUACUGCGACAGUCGCAUGCAACACUAACACUGGGUUGUAUAGCUUUAAAUAUAAACGCAGGUACGACAGCAGAGCACGCAAUCCCAGUACAAACUAUUGAGGUGUAACCCAAAUAAUUUUAUUUUAGACAUAAUUAAUUAUAAAAACACCUACAUAGUUACGUUUUGUUUCAACUGUGAUUAUUUAGUUAUACAACUCUGAUGAUUACAUAAAAGAAUGAAUAAAAUAAAUGAAAAAUU